AUAUAAAAUAAUUUAGUUUUUUCUUUCCCAAUUUUAUUUUUUUAAAUUCAAAAACAAACCCAAAAAAAAAAUUCUUAAUCCAAAACCAAAUAAAAGUAUGUAUAUAAAAUAAUUCAGUUUUUUCUUUCUCAAGUUUUAUUUUUCUAAAUUUAAAAACAAACCAAAAAAAAUAAUUUAAAAAAAAAAAGUAAAUUCUUAAUCCAAAACCAAAUUUAUAAAAAAAAAAAAAAUCUUAAUUCAUAAUCAAACCAAAAAAACAAUUCAAAUUAAAAUUCCAUUUGAUUUGAUUUUUCAGUUUAAUCCAAAUAAUUGACCCCGCUACAUCAUAGUAGUAGACUUUUGAAGGUAGAGCAAAAAAAGCCAGAAAAAAAAUGGCUUUCGAGGAUUGUUCAUCUAGUCCAAAAAGUCCCCUACUGUUACAGCCAUCAUCAUCAUCAUGUAUUUCAUGGUGUGGAAAGUUAAUUGAUGUAGAAGAAGCUAAGAAUCAGUUGUGUUUUUCAUUGCCAAUGAUUGUAGUGAAUAGUUGUUUUUACUUUAUCAAUCUUGUGUCUGUCAUGUUUGCUGGACAUCUUGGUAAACUUGAACUUGCUGCCUCAAAUCUUGCUAAUUCUUGGGCUAUGGUUACUGGUUUAUCUUUCAUGGUUGGCCUAAGUGGUGCGCUUGAGACAUUAUGCGGCCAAGGAUACGGAGCAAAAAUGUACAGAAUGUUGGGAAUGCAUCUUCAAACAUCAUGCAUCACGUCGUUCUUCUUUUCUGUGGUGGUUUCUGUCAUUUGGUGGUACUCCGAUAUGAUUCUGAUUUUACUUCAUCAAGAUCCUGACAUAGCUAGAGAAGCCGGCGUGUUCUUGAGGUUCCUCAUACCUGGAUUGUUUGCGUAUAGCUUUCUCCAAAACGUUUUGAGAUUUCUUCAGGCGCAGUCGAUCAUCAUGCCACUGGCUUUCUGUUCAGUUGGAGCUUUAGUUAUCCACAUUGGGAUUGCCUAUACCUUGGUUCAUUGGACAGGUCUUGGUUUUAAAGGAGCACCAUUAGCGGCUUCCAUUUCGCUCUGGAUCUCAUUCCUCACGUUGUGCCUCUUUGUUCUUUUUUCGAAGAGAUUCAACCAUAUCUGGAGGGACAGUCUCUCGUUCGAGCCAUUUCAUCAUAUCCUUACAAACUUGAAGUUGGCUUUGCCCUCUGCUGCCAUGGUAUGCUUGGAAUACUGGGCUUUUGAGCUUCUUGUGUUAUUGGCUGGUUUGAUGCCAAACUCAGAAACAACUACUUCUGUCGUCGCAAUGUGUGUAAAUACACAAAACAUAGCCUACAUGAUAUCUUAUGGUUUGAGUGCAGCUGCAAGCACUAGGGUGGCAAACGAAUUAGGAGCUGGAAAUCCUGCUAAAGCUAAGCAUGCUAUGUUUGUUACGCUCAAGCUAUCUGUUCUUCUCGCUAUUGCUGUGGAUUUAGCUCUAUUUUUGGGUCAUAAUGCCUGGGCUAGCCUCUUCAGUGACAACGCGGAGAUAAUUAACAAAUUUGCCUCCAUGACACCUCUCCUCUUAAUCUCCUUUGUGUUCGAUUUCAUUCAAGGAAUCCUCUCAGGUGUGACUCGAGGAUGCGGAUGGCAGCAUUUGGCUAUGUGCAUCAACUUAGCAACUUUCUAUUUCAUCGGCAUGCCAAUAGCCGGCCUUCUCGCUUUCAAGUUCAACCUACAUUCUCAGGGUUUAUGGUUGGGGUUGAUUUGUGGUCUAGCUUGCCAAUCUACUGGCUUGUUGCUACUGACAUUGAUGACCAAAUGGGGAAAACUAGAAGUCUCAUCAAAUAGCAAUAGAAAUUAGUCGAGGUGCGUGAAAGCUGGCGGGACACGACGGUUAUCAAAAAAAGAUAAACUUUGCACUGGACACUGAUGGGCUUGUUGGCCAUUAAGGGUUUGUUUGUAUAGCGGAAAACAUUUUCCGGAAAGUGUUUUCCAAGUUUUUCGUGUUUGGUUGUUAGAGAAUUUUGAGAAAUAUUUUUUCUACGAAAUCAAUUCCCUUACGAAUGAGGAAAAUGACUUCCUGAAUGGAAAUACGGCAAACAAGGUCUGCAACUAAUUUAUUAAGAAAAGUUUUAAUUAUUCCCAUAAA